AUGGCACCCAAAUCAAUUCCGAGCAUUGCCAAACGAGCGUGCCGGGCCAUUGGCCUGAUAUGGGACUUCACGGAGAGCAACUUCGGUACCUUCGUUGUUCCCAACACUGCAUUUGGCAUCCUGGGCGGAUUCGCAGCAGAAAUACUCAUCGAGGGCCUUCCUCGGCAGCCUUCACCCCAGGAUAUCCUUCAGCGUCUUCCGACUGUCAUCUUGUUCAACUGGUGUAACGUCUUGAUUUUCGACCUCGCCAACCAGAGAUACCCCGAAUCCGUGCAAGAAGACAUCCUCAAUAAACCAUGGCGACCGAUACCCGCUGGAAAAAUCACCGCGGACCAGACCCGCCGGGCGAUGCUUGUCGCAGUUCCAAUGACAUUAACGCUGAAUUACAUCCUCGGUGUUUGGAGACAGGGAAUAAUCAUUCAGCUCCUGACCUGGCUGUACAACGAUCUUAGGGGAGGCGACGAAGUGAUUCGCGACCUGAUCAUCGCUGUCGCCUACGGCAUGUUCAACAGCGGCUCUCUGGAACUUGCUACUGGCUGCCAGGAGUCCAUCAGCCAGAGCGGUAUCGUUUGGGUUUCUGUCAUUAGUGGAGUGAUUUUGACAACGAUGCAAGUACAAGAUCUGAAAGACCAAGCAGGGGACUCCAGCCGAGGACGCAAGACUGUAGCCCUUUUCCUGGGAGAGCAAGUGUCUCGGGUCUCCAUUGCUGUCUUCGUUUGUUUUUGGUCUUUGGUAUGCCCUUAUUUCUGGUGCCUGGAUAUAUGGGCAUACGUGUUGCCGGUCGCGUCGGGCGCUGUGGUGGCGGCAAGGGUACUGCUGAAGCGCACGCCAGCUGAGGACUCUGAUACAUGGAAGUGGUGGUGCUUUUGGACGGUAACACUCUACCUACUGCCAGUGGUGAGCCUCAUGGGAAUCUGA